AUGGCUGGCCCUACUACGUCUAGUGCUCCACUGGCGCGCCCACCGGGCUUUAUCCUGGAGCGUGAGCUGCACUCCUGGUUCCGAAAUGGCUGGUUGUGCCUCCCGCUUAUUGGCACGGUCGCCAGAAAACUCUCGUCGUAUACCAGCGGGCACGUGCCUCAGAAAUUGAGAAAGUCUCCCUAUUCGCCUCUGCAGACGACGAAGACGGCGACAGUUAGCCAGUGCCCCAGAGCCGAGUCGUCUUCAAAGCGACCGCGGCUGCUGGCGCUGUGCUUGGCGGUCGCCUGCGGCACCUGCUUCCUGGCGGCGCAGCUGCUCGUGCCCCCGCCGCCGCUUGCCGCGACGACGGCCGAGCGGCAGCCUUCGGCCGCUGCGCCGCCCUCAGACGCGCGGCGGCGGCGCCUACCGCAGUGCCUCAUCAUCGGCGCCCGCAAAUGCGGCACACGAGCCCUCCUCGAGUUCCUGGCGCUGCACCCGUCCGUGCAGAAGGCGCCCGACGAGGUGCACUUCUUCGACGACGACGAGCGAUACGCCCUCGGCCUGGACUGGUACCGGCGCCGCAUGCCGACCUCGCGCGCCGACCAGCUGACCGUGGAGAAGUCGCCCGCGUACUUCGUCACCGAGGCGGCGCCCGGUCGCGUCUGGGCCAUGAACGCCUCGCUGCUGCUCCUGCUCAUCGUGCGUGACCCCGUGGUGCGCCUGGUGUCCGACUACGCGCAGCUGGCCGCCAACCGGCGCCAGCUGCAGCGCGAGGACGCGCCGCCCUUCGAGAGGCUCAUCCUGCUGCCCGACGGCGCCGUCAACGCCGAGUACCGGCCCGUGCGCACGAGCAUGUACGCCGUGCACGUGCGUCGCUGGCUGUCGCACUUCCCGCGACGCCAGCUGCACGUGGUCGACGGCGACCGGCUGGUGCGCGACCCGCUGCGGGAGCUGCGCCGCGUAGAGGCCUUCCUGGGCCUGCCGGCGCUCAUACCGAGCGGCGCGCUCUACUUCAACCGCACGAAGGGCUUCUACUGCCUGCGCCCGAGGCCCAACGACACCGCGGGCGGAGGUCGCUGCCUCAACGACAGCAAGGGCCGCCGCCAUCCGCACGUCCCAGGCCCCGUGGUCAGUCGACUGCGCCAGUUCUUCGCGCCCUUCAACCGGGAGUUUUACCACCUCAUGGGCAGGGACUUCGGCUGGCCCGAACAAUAGGAUUGCUAGCUCGGUCUGCCCGAUGGUCGGUUCGAGACACGUUUACAAGAAUCUUCGUUGCGGUUUUCAUUUGUAACGUGGAGUACAGCGCCUUCUUCUUGGCAAGCACUCCUGUCUGCGAGGGCUCCACUUCGAGGAGCGGAGACGAACAAAAAGGUUUCACUCGAAGAAACAAAAACCCCUCGAGGACGUCACGCCUGGGUGGAGGAAGCGCUUUUCUUGCAUGCCUCGCCAAAACAUCGAGGUUAUUUUAUAUUGUUGACAGCGUAUCCCGUGGACGCAGUAUUCCCAACUAGUGCGUCGACUAACUCGAUGGUAGAAAUCAGACGGUAUACUCCAAGUUGGGCAUUUCACUUCUUUUAUUGGAGUCGCGCUCGGAAAUCGGUUGCAUAACGUUUCCUUGCACUUGAGGUGCGCUUAGAGAAUGGAAUGUUUACGCUUCACUUGACUAUACACGCGGUAUGACUCGUUCAUUCGAGUGCUGCCGUCAAGACUGGUGUCAUGCAUCUAUGAAUGCCGAUGUUCAUUCGACGUUCAAAACGUGACUGCUGAGAUGUUUCGAGACAAUCAUAUUUCUCUUCCGGUAGAUGACAAUCGUAGCCUUUUUCUGAGACAGGUUGUUAUCGAACUUGGGUUCCCCACUGUUACGUAUUUUGAGGCGAAACGACAAUCAACUUUGCCAGUAUACGGCACAACGUCAGCUACUCGAGCCGCGUCUUACCUCGAAUACUCGCAUAAAAAUCAAUGUCACAGUUUAUGUUCACUUUCGAAAACUCCGCAUAUAUGUGAUCUACUUGCAGCAUAUACUGAAGAUUGUGAAGUAUGUUAAUUCGAUAGCAUGUAACCUCGGUGCUAUAGAGAGUCAACUCGUGGUCGCCAGCAAGUACGGAAUUUAGCAUGUGAUUCAGGAAACUUUGUAACACGAGGUUGCGGCGAUUUUUAUAAACAUGUUUUCGAUGCUAUCCAAUCGGCUCCUUCGGAAGAAGUAUUCGACGCUUUUGCGAAAUUAAUAAUAAGAAUUAUCCCAAAAACACGUCACGAUUAUGAUGCCUCGUGCUUUUAAUGUGCACCCAAGCACGCGGGACAUUUUUGCCUCCACCGAAAAUUCGGCCACCGCAUUCUGAAUCGAUAGGCAAUUAGCAGCCAUCAGCCGUGCAACAAUCAGGAGCAGCGUUUCGCAAUGGCGUGUCCAUGACUCGGAGAGAUGUCGACAAUCAUAUUGUUCGCCUUAUGACCCUCGCAUAUACACACUCACUUUGCAGACAAUCAAGAAUUUUGCAAGGGUGUCGUCCCGUAGCAUUUUGAGAGCUUCUUUGUGAGCUGCCUUUCUGAGACAAUCAUUUCACUUUUGCGAAUAUCUACACACAACCCGGCGACGUUCUUGAUAGCCUUGACGAGUGCCAGCCGGAUCGGUGUGAAAUAGUAAUACAAACUUUAGCUAUUUUCAUCUCUUGUGGUCUCGUGUGGCGCUUAAAUCAUUUGAUCUUCUUAUCAUUAAGCCCUAACCACACGCAACCAUCACAAUGCGUCAGCACGUCCUCUCCCUAUAGAGAGAGAGAGGGCACGCGCUGGCGCGUUUUUAUGGGUACGAGAAAGGAGGCAGCAUGACGUAAUGCAGCCUGCCUCGGCUAGCCAACCAGUUUUGAAGGCAGCAGUGUCGGUCAAACACAAGCGACGAGACUGGCCGAAACCUCGGGAUAUGGCACCCGGUAGCUUUUAAUCGAAACGCACACGAUAGGCGCGGACCGGCCAGCUCGCAGAGGAGGUCAAAAACGAAACGCCGUGGAGAGUACUUACGUGUUGGACCGACACGGUGGGCUUCAGUAGUGUGAUGCUCCCUCCAUGUGUAAAACUUAAUUUUAACCAUCACUACAGGAUCCAUAGGGUUAUGUUUGGGUAUGUCAAAUGAGUUACCAAACAUAUGCCGCAAUAAUACAAUUUUAAUAGUUGCACCAGUUUGGAUGGGCACUUGUGCUUCUGCAAAGACAAUCAAUGUACGGGUGCAGAUGUACAUCACCGAGCAUAUAGAGAGGUCAAUAAAGAGAACAAGUGAAGUUA